CCCUUCCCUUCCCUUUGUAAGCAUAAAAAGGAGAAAAGUCUUUUUUCUCGAAAGAAACGAACCAGCAAAUGGUGACAGCAAUUGCUUCCCGGCUGGCUUAUAUUCUAAACAUCAUUGAAAUGCUAGGCUCCACGGUGAAGUUCUUCACUGUCAACCAUGAGAUGUCAAGUCCAGAUAACAACUGAUUGGAGAUUUUCGCGGGUCUAGAUAUUCACCUCACUUCUUGCAGCAUAAUGCCCCAUAUACAUACAUGCUUAUUUUGCUAUCAGAAGUUAUGCAGAUCUGUGCCUUGCGUUUACGUGUCAUCCAGUGGGUAUUCGCUUAUUUAGCAUUCUAUUAGAACAGUGAUUUAACGAACAGCUAUUAGUCCAUGCUGGGAAAAAAAUUGCCUUUUCUCAACUACCUUACCGAUUGAGUGUUCAUUUUCAUACAUACUGUUCAAGUUUGCCUCCAUUCUGAGACAGUAGACAUGUUGAACCAACCAUUUUCCCAUGCGUCAAGGGAGUCUGGCAUCUCUGGCUAAGGAUAAGAUGCCAUGACGUUAUACCUUGCAGGUUUUAGUUGCCUUUAGACCAGUUUUACACCUCCAUUCCAAUUGUAUUUUUUUCUUUUGUUUCUCUCUACCGUUUCAUUCUUUACCCUCCCACUCUUGUAGUUCUUGGUGCUAUUGAUGUGUUGGAAAGUUCUGGUAACUGAAUCACAUUACGCUGUACCCAUCUAUAAUGGGGAAACUCCAUCUAGGGGAGCCAAGACUAAGCUCUGGGAAGAUGGAUAAAUGGUAUCAAUAAAUUAUGGUCUUCAUGGAGGGCGCAUUUAGCCGGGCAUCUGACUCAGAUGAAGCUGAAAGGUGCUCACCGGUUGAAAGCUACAACCCAAAUGAUCUCACUGAUGAUGAACUGUCCAGGAGUAUGGAUCUGUGUAUUGGUGAAGAUGACAAGACAAUGGAACAAUCAGGUGGGAAUUUAACUCCACCUGAUGUCAUAGAACCAAAUGUCGGCAUGGAAUUUGAUUCAAGAGAUGAGGCUCGAGAAUUUUAUGUCACUUAUGGUAGGUGUACGGGCUUCACGGUGCGCAUUCAUCAUAAUCGGCGUUCUCGGAUCAAUAAUAUGGUAAUUGGUCAGGAUUUUGUAUGUUCAAAAGAAGGUUUCCGGGAAAAGAAAUAUGUACACAGGAAAGAUAGAGUUCUUCCUCCACCGCCAAUCACCCGUGAAGGUUGUCCUGCAAUGCUCAGGGUUGCUCUGAGGGAUGGAGUGAAAUGGGUUGUUACUAAAUUCAUAAAAGAUCACAAUCACAGUUUGAUGUCUCCCAGUAAAGUACCAUGGCGAGGAUCUGGAAAACAUUUGAUCAGUGAGGAUGAGAAGGAUCGUAGAAUUCGUGAGCUGACCCUUGAACUAUACAACGAGAGACAGAGAUGUAAACGCCAGUGUGCAGCUUACCAGGAACAGCUCAAUAUGUUGUUGAAAUAUGUUGAAGAACACACUGAGCACAUGUCCAGAAGUGUGGAAAAUAUAGUCCAGCGUGUAAGAGAACUUGAAAAUGAAAAUGACUCAGAUUAGCUUUAUAGAUACAAUCUGUAAAAAAGUUUCUUCUUACUUUUUUUUCUUUUUUUUUCUUUUGGCCUUUGGCUCUUCGAAUGUAAAAGCCUUACUAACGACUGACUCAAUUAGUAAUUGGGGCAGAUUUCCUCUGAGCUGUUAGAUAGAUGUACCUUGAACUGUUACACUUGCGAUGGAUCCACACCAGUCUUGUAAUAUUCCAUUCGAGCGAUAGAAAGGAUCGGAAUAAUUUAUCCUGAUGGGUUUACGCAAAUUUUUUAAGGGGG